UCACAACACUAAUCUCAUUUGUCUUCUUCCAGAUCUACGCACACACUCACGGGUAACUAAUUUCUAUCUGUUUUCCACUCGCAUCAAUGGCGCGUACCAAGCAGACUGCUAGGAAGUCCACCGGAGGAAAGGCCCCAAGGAAGCAGCUAGCCACCAAGGCGGCAAGGAAAUCAGCUCCGGCAACUGGAGGAGUGAAGAAACCCCAUCGUUUCCGUCCAGGAACGGUGGCGCUGAGAGAAAUCAGGAAGUACCAGAAGAGUACCGAGCUGUUGAUCCGCAAGCUCCCAUUUCAGAGGCUGGUGAGGGAAAUUGCUCAGGAUUUCAAGACUGAUCUCCGUUUCCAGAGCAGUGCUGUGGCAGCGUUGCAGGAGGCUGCGGAGGCGUACCUUGUUGGACUGUUUGAGGACACAAAUCUGUGCGCCAUUCACGCCAAGAGGGUCACAAUUAUGCCCAAGGAUAUCCAGCUUGCUAGGAGGAUUAGGGGUGAGAGGGCUUAGGGUUUAGAAGUACUACCAAAAUUUUUAAUGAUAUUGUGUUUUAGGGUUUGUUGCUAGUUUGGGUAGGGAUGGUAGGGUUAGGUGUGUAAAUUUGGAUGGGUAAUCUAUGAUGGUGGUGUAUUCAGUUGUUUCAAUUUCAAUCAAUGAAAGUUUAUUUUUCUGUCUCUU